AUGGGUAAAGUGAAAUACUCUGAAAUUCGUUUUGAAGAAACAAAAUACAAAAUUUUGGACCUUUUAAAACUCGUUAGAAUUAAAAGUGAAAAUGUCAGAUUUAUUCCAAUUGAUGGACUUAGAGGAGACAAUUUGACAGUUUCUUCAGAAAACAUGACAUGGACUAUCAACAAGACCGGAACAGUCACCGACCAACUUAACACACUCAAACCCCCAGAAAGAAGUCGACUUGACACAGGGCCUUUCAGAAUAACAGUAGAAGAUGUCUACAAAAUUAGUGGAGUUGGAACUGUGUUAGUUGGAAUUGUCGAGAGUGGAAUUGUACGUGCAAACCAACUUUUUACAGUGUCUCCAAGUAGACUUUCAACCAAAACAAAAAGCGUUGAAAUGAUGGGUAAUCCUAUUUCUGAAGGAAAAGCAAAAGAGUUUGUUGGUGUGAAUGUUGCAAAUACAACGUGCAGAGACUACAAUAUAGGAGAGGUUCUUUCUGAUCUCAACUGUUUUGCUGUCAGAUGUGAACAGUUUGUCGCACAAAUCAAAAUUGUAGAUGACAGGAUAGUAAAGACGGGGUUGGCUCCAACUAUGAACAUCCAUUUGGCACAGGUGCCUUGUGUAGUACUUGAUAUAGUAAAAAUAUCGAAAAAUGCACAAGAAAAAAAAGAUAAUGGAAAAAUAGCAGCUUAUGGUGGUGUUGAAAAAACAAUUAUGAAAUACUGCGCAAAACAUAGUGUUUUCGCUGGAAAGAAACACGUUAUUAUUGGUAAUUUUUUUGUAAAAAAAUGUGUUACAGUUAAUGGAAAAAAGGGGAAUGCUAAUCUAAAUAUUAAUUAA